GAUAUAAGAGGUGGGAAGAGGAGCUUCGGGGCCGGAAGUGAGGAAGGAGGGGGAGGGAGGCGUCCGUGAGGAACUUUUUCCGUCAGCUGGGCGAGGGAAGGAGGGAGACAGAAGGUCCUCUCGAGGGGCGGCAGGAGCAGCAGCGAGGCUGAGCGGCGGCGCCCCUCUCCGGGGGCGAAAGGGCCACGGAGCCCAGGAUGGAGUUCCGCGAUAUCCUGAUGGUGGCGUCGGAGCAGCAGGGGCUGAGCGCAGUGCCGAAAAGAUACAGUUUGGCAGUAGGCCCUCCCAAAAAGGAUCCAAAAGUGAAAGGUGUUCAGUCAGCAGCUGUGAGAGCUUUCCUCAAGCGGCAAGAAGAGGAACAAAGGAAAAAGGCCAUUGAAGAAAAAAGAAGAAAAGAAGAACUUCUCGCUAAACGUGUCGAACUGAAACAUGACCGAAAAGCAAGAGCUAUGGCUUCACGGACGAAGGACAAUUUCCGUGGCUAUAAUGGCAUUCCUGUUGAAGAGAAGCCUAAAAAGAGGCAAGGCCGUGAAAACAGUUCUGAAGGAAACACAGGAGGUGAAUGCAUGACAGGUGAUGAAAUGGAGCAAUUUGAAUAUGAUCAGACAGAAUCGGAGCAUGAAUUGGAAGAAUAUGAAGAAAAGCCAUCCAAAGCACCAGUGAAACCAAAGGCGCCUCCCAAAAGUGCACCUCCAACAUUGAACUUUAGGGACCUUUUAAAGCUGGCUGAAAAGAAACAGUAUGAACCAGUUGAAAUAAAAGUUCCUCUGAAAAAGACUGAGGAAAGACCCAUGACAGCGGAAGAACUGAGAGAGCGAGAAUACUUAGAGCGGAAACACAAAAAGGGGGUUAUACUAAAAGAGAAAAAAGUUGGGAAAGAAAUAAAACAGGUCACUAUAUCAAAUUCUUCCAAGAAGGAAUUUUCACAGAAGGAGGUCAUAAAUGCUAAACCCAGUAAGCAUUCAGCGGACAAACAUUCCUUGUCGAAAGGAAGCCUUUCCUCUCAAAGUAGUACUGACAAGAAAUCAAAGGGACCAGCUUUAAAUGAAAAGCAUUUGAAGUUGUCAUCUGCCUCCAAACCCAACCCUUCUGAGAAAGCAAAACCUGCACAUAAGGUCCCUUUGAAAAGCCCAUCAAACAGCAGUCAAAUUAAACCAGCCUCUAAUGGGGGUGGGAAAUCUGGACCUAACUCUCAUACCCCAACUUUGAAAACGACUGCAAAUGGAAUUCUCAGGCAUCCAUCUGCUAAAGAAAUUGGUCUGAAAAAAACUACUAGCCAAACAAAACCAUCUGGUGUGGCUCCUUCCCAGCAUGAAGGUGUUAAAAAUGUCAGCUCCAAGCAAGCAAGCCGCAAUUCAGGCGCAGGAGGACCUCUUCCACGAGCAAAGAGCAGCUUGAGUACGGGUCCAGGUCGGCCAAGCAGCAGUUUGAUUGUCGGACGUGGACCACAGGGCAGUAGUUCAGGCAUGGGACCUGGACGAUUAGGUAGCGGCUCGGGAUCUGGGCAACGAAGCAGCAGCUCAAGUGCGGGACUUGUACGGCCAGGCAGUAACUUAGGUGUGGGACCUAGCAGACCAGGCAACAGUUCAGGACCAGUGCGUUCUGGAAGUAGUCAAAGCAUAGGACCCGGGCGGCCAAAUAGUCUAAACGCAGGACCAGCAAGAGGUAGUAACUCAGGAUUGGGACCAGGCCGGCCAAACACCACUUCAGUUGGAACUCUGAAACCAAAGUGUACGGUUGUAUCAGAAACAAUCUCUUCUAAAAAUCUGGUACCACGACAAGGUAGCGGACAAAUGAAUGGAAUGAGGCCAUUUCCGCAGCAAAGACCCAGGAUCCCCCCACAAGGUUUUCCAAGACCAUCUCUUCCACCUAUUACUAGUAAAAGGCAAUAUGAAGACGAUGAAGAUGAAUACGAUUCUGAAAUGGAGGACUUCAUAGAUGAUGAAGGAGAGUCCCAGGAAGAAAUCUCUAGACAUAUUAAAGAGAUAUUUGGCUAUGAUCGGGCUAGAUAUAAAGACGAAAGUGAUUAUGCCUUACGUUACAUGGAAAGCAGCUGGAAGGAGCAACAGAAGGAGGAAGCCAAAAGCUUGAGGCUUGGAAUGCAGGAAGACCUAGAAGAGCUAAGACGUGAAGAAGAGGAAUUGAAACGAAAGAAGCAGGCAAAGAAGCUGAGAACACGUUAAUCAAUUUGCCAUUGCUAUGGUUUUCUUGUUAUUCUUCCAUUUCUCCCCCCCCCCUUCUGCUGCUUGUUCCAAAUUUCAGCUUUAGUUUUACUUUGCAUAUGAAAGGGUAAAAACUUGAGUAGAAAAUGGAAAUAUAGAAAUAUGGUUCUUUAAUUUGACCCACAAAUUCAUAUUUUUAAUAUUUGCCAAUGCUUCCUUUUUAUAAAAUAAAUGCACUAAUUGAGAAUAUAGACGGAAUUAAAGUGGAAAUGAAUGUUACUACUGCCUAAAUUAGUUCAAGGAUGCCAGCAGACUACUGACUAUGCACUGGCUUGCAAAAUGUGGGCCCGCCCUCACACCAGUACGACAGCCUGCAUUCUUCAUUUUACUUUAAAAAGGAAUAAUGUUGUUUGUGUCCUGAGUCAAGAUUCUUAAAUAUCAUUCUUCCCAUUCAGAUAAAGCACAGAUUAAAAAAUUGUCGCUGCUGUUCUUGAUGUUGAAAGCAAUAUUGACCUGUAUUGGAGAAGAUUAUUUCAAAAAGCAAUGUUAUCAUGAAAGGUCAUGAGCAUUGUCUUCGCAAACUAGACUGAACCUAUCCCCUAGAUGUAGCUGUUGUGGAAUAAACAGACAGCAGUGUCUGGCAUGAAGAAAAGAAAACAGCAUCCUACAUGCCAACAGAAAUCUCAUCCUGCCCCCCCCUUGCAAAGCUAACUUGCUGGUUCUAGUAAUAUAAGGUUGUUUCUCUGGCUUCUUGAAUUCAGUAGUGGGGCCUUGGGAAACCCUGUAUCUAUUCCCAUGUGUUUGAAGUCUUCCUUGAGCUGAUAAGAGUCAGUCCACUGCCUGAUGUUUUCCUAUCCUGCUGUGCAGAAGAUAGAAUUGAGCUGCUUCGUGUCAUUUAGAAAUUAUUUCAAUAAGAAAUGGGACCAAAUGAUAAGUUUGCCUUGUAGGUCUGGGAUUUCAUUGCCAAAAAUAAAAAUAAAAUUAUCUUGGGAAAUGCAAACUUACAUUUUAUAUAGAUAGAUAAUUUCUAUGACUUUGGCUUAACUACAUUUUAGGAAUAUUUUUAGAAUAUACCCCGUUUUUUUCAGUCUCCAUUUCUAGAUUAAGUGCAUAUUGCAUAACAGCCCCAAAGCCUGCUGGUGUAUAUUGCCAACUAGUUUAUUUCAGAAUAGACACCAAUUCAAUCUACAUCCUUCUCAUUCUAGGCAUCUUUAUAGUUAUUCUGAACAGUUGUUCAAUAAAGCAGCUGAAUAGAUUCACCACAAAGAAGCAGACUUUAUAGUUUGUCAAAAGGUCAUUUUUGUUAGUUUUUCAACGUUUGGUUACACACCAAUUUAAAGCUACUACAAAAGUAACACAGUAGUUGUAUGUUACAAAAAGUUCUAGGUUUUCCCCCAUUUAAAAGAACUGUGCUUUGGGAUUUCAGUCAUGUUUCAUGUAUUUUAUUAUUCUGGUGUCCAUGAUAUGCUGUCAAAUAAAUAAAAAAAACGAUUAUGCUUGCUAAAAAUUGCAUUGUCAGGCCAAUAAUGAAGAAUAUGAUAUUCUUCUAAAAACUAUGGUUGGACAGUGUAUCCUGAUUAGUGUUCUAGCGGAGAGGUAUUCUAGCAAAUAUUGGCUACAUUUUAAAGAAUAAUUGGAGGUGAAAUUGUAAUAAGUAACAGGAAUGAAUGAAUUCAGCCUUCAAAAUGGGAAGUGGAGUUUAAUCAGGAGAAUUAAUGUAAAGAAAAUAAAGAACCUUUGCUUAUAAAAUCCUUCAGCCACCCCUUUUUGUUGUUGGGUGGUGUUUGCUGAAAUGAAACUAUUGGACAGUUGCUACAGUUAGCAUGCAUCUGAACCUGGAACUCUUAACUUAAAGGUUACUGUUAUCACUAGUGCUAUUUCCCCCCAUUUGUCUGCGUUACAUCUUGCUGUGAUUUAUACACACAUGAAUCUGGCAAAUGCACCCAUUUGUCUUUUUAAUUGGUUCAAGGCAAUGACUGUUGGAAACAUGACCAGGCUGCUGUUCAUUUUAUAAUUAUUCUAAUGUGAGGAUGUAUCUUAAUCAUCAGCCUAGGUACCGUCCUCAGCAAGCUGAAGAAUUUGUAGCACCAGAAAUCUGAACAGAAAUCUUCAUUAUUCACAUGCAUGUUUUAACCACGUCUUGUAAGUUCUGUUCAAGACUGUAUUCUGAAACAUUUCAGUGUUACUUGUCUUGUAGAAGAUAACAUAAUCAAUAUUGCCAAUCUUCUUUUAUCACUUUAGAACUUCCAAAAUAGAAACUUGCCCUGAACAUGAGAAUGAUCAUGCAUUCUAGAGAAUAAUUGUAUUCUAUUUUGAGAUGAUGAGCUGUUUAACAUGUCUGGUUGCAUUAUUUGUGUGUGGCAGGAAAAUGUUUUUCCCGUCAUUUUUCUUGGUUGUUCCCCUUAAAUAAACAUAUCAAUUAUUUAAUAGUUCAUUAAUCAGCUAGAAUAUUCAUUUCUUCCAAGGCAUAUACAACGCUGAAGCAAAAGAAACAAACUGAAUAUUUUCCUUUUGGAGGUGUCAGGCUUCUAUAGAGACGUCAUAGAUUGCAUUAGCAGAACUCUACUCUAAGUUGCUGAUUCUGUUCAGUGAAAGAUGUGCCUUUUUUUACAUACAUUAAUAUUUCCAGGAAUGUAGGAUGAAGAGUUAAUUCUGCUGUCAAAGAUGCUUUGUUGAUGCUUGAUCAUGUGAAAUAGCAUAGGUUUUUUUAUAAAGUCCUUCCAGGUCUUGUAUUGCACAACUACAGUAGUUAGUAUUUAUUGAUAUUACUAAGUAAAACUGAAGGGCACUUUGUAUUUAAUUAAAACUUAAUUUUGCAAUUGCCUUAUAUGUAUUUUAUUAAGUCUAUACUUACACUUUUUACAGCAGUAUCUGACAGAGGCCUGGGCAGCAAGUUUCAUGGAAAAUCCUAGCAAACAACUCUGAUUUAUUCUUUAAUGGAGAACUCUUUCAAAAUGUAUAAAAUCUUAUUUUUUAUAAGCCCCUGAUUUUUAUCCAGCAUAACUAAUUUUUAUUUGGCUUUGGCUUUCUGUAAAUUUAAUUACCCCAAAGUGUAUUUCUACAUAUAUAGCAGGAGACCAAAACACUGGAAAGAAAAUACAGUCUUGAAGAGACUAGUAAAUUAAUUGUGAUGACUAUGUUGGAUUUCUAUUUAUUUUGUUGAGUCAGAGUACUACAAUCAAGUGUUAGCAUAUAACUGAGGAUGCUUCUAGAUUCCAUGUUCUGUUUUUUUGUGAAGGUCAUUGUGUUUAACACAAUGUGACAAAUCAGGUAAAAACUGUUAACCUUAUUGUUUUUUCUGGUGCUGUCAGAGUGUAUGCUUUUGCACAUUUGAAGUGCAGUCUGAAAGCGAAUUAUGUAUAUAAUAAAUUACAGACAUUAAAACAUUUUAUUGAA